AUGUCCUCCUCUUCUUCCUCCUCCUCCUCCUCAUCCCUAGGGCCCAAAGCCCUCACAAGCUUCCACGCCAUCCUCUCGCACCUCACAGCAACCUUCGCCGCGCCCCUCCUCCCGCCCUCCAAGCCGCACUCCACAGCCCUCACCUCCCAGAUUGCAAGCCUGCAGGUCCACCCGACCCUGGAGGCCGCGCUGCACCUGCUGAACGCCGACCUGCCGGCGGCGCACUUCCUCGUGCGACAUAUGCAGGCGAAGCCCGCGUUCGAGGGCAUGUUCCUCCAUGGGAUCCUGCACCGGAUUGAGGGGGACUAUGAUAAUGCGAGGAUGUGGUACUCGGAUGUUGCGGCGGGGGAGGGGGGGGAGGAGGAUGGCUGUGGGGGUGCUGAUGGAGGUGGAGGUGGUGCAGGGUCGCUGUAUGGGAAGGUGUGGGAGGGCGGGGGGAAGACUUUCAAGGAUUUGGGUGAGGGGGGCAGUGGUGGUGGUGAGGCUGGUGAUUUUGGGGCUGGGGGAAGGCGGGAGGGGGAGUUGGAUGCUGGACAGAGGUUCUUGAAUGCCGUGCAGGCGUUCAAGGAGGGGAAGGGGGGGAGGGAUGAGGCUGAGAUGGGGCGGCUGGUGGGGGAGAGUCGGAGGGAGAUUGGAGCUGUUGUCGAGUGGUGCGUUGGCAGGUUUGGGGAGGGCAGGUGGGAGGAUGCGAGGAGUGCUUGGGUGAAGAAUAGCGAGGAGGUGCAGAAGAUGAGUGAUGAUAUGAUUAAUGGAGAUAAGGGAUUUCGGAAGUUUUAA